ACUGAAACAGCAGGGGGCGCUUUGUAGACAUGUUUAUUUUUUACUUUUACUUUCUUUUGGCACCAACAUGUAAGGUAAACUAACGCUAGAUGCCACUUUUGACUCUCCGAGCUAUUGAACAGAAAAGUCAACCAUGAGCUCCAAUGAAGGACAUUGUGUCAGAUCCAGGCAGCCCACCCUGCCUCCUCUCUGCAGCAGGACCCUGCACCACCCCUCUUUCCUGCCUAUCUACAUGGCUGCACGCUCUCACGGCGCGGGCUGCAGCAGCCAAACAGUCUGCCCCCCAGUACAUCCCAUCACCCCAGCAGAGGUUUUCUACACUGAUCCCACCAUGGGCCGUGGCAGGAGGAUCCCCAACAUAGUGAGGCAGUUGAGGGUCUUCGAUAGCUUCCGGCUCAGCACCCCGCCACCAGUUAUGACUUCCUGCCCAGCCCCACCAACGCGUCCAGACCCAUUCCGAUCUGGACCACACCCCACCAGGGAUCUGGGCAGCCUCACCUUGAAAAUAAAUACCCUCCACCCUCCGGUGCAGCCAAGCCGGGUCGUCCUCCAGCUUUCCCCAGAGGAGGACCAGGCCAUUACUAACCUCCUGAAACUGCACCACCAAGGGCCCUUACACAGUGAAAAGACCUUUACUGCUCCGCAGAUGGACUUUUGCAGAGUAGACUUGAACCCCAUACCGUUCCUUAGUCCCCCUCAACCUAUGGAAGCAUACAAGCCCUUCUGUAGCGGUCUGCAGCACACAAGGGAGGCCAGCUUGCAAGGUCAGCAGGGAAGAUGUUGGUCAGAUACGGAGCUUGAAGCAGCUAAAACCCUCUUGAAUCGCUUUAGCCUGAUAGAGAAGGACAAAACCUGGGGCCAAAAUCACAAUAACUCAACAGCAACACUUCCUGCACCUCUGCCACACCAGCAACAAGGAUCUGAGACUUUUUUCAUAACUGCUGGUUAUAACCAAAACAGGGAACGUGGAGAACGAGGCUGCGGGGAUUUAAGGUUUGUGGAGGGAAGGAGUGCCGAUGAUGUUGCCCUGCCAGUUUGUGAGGAAUACGUGACAUCGUCUUCACCCUCCUCAGACGGCAGCUCGAGUGUCUCUGGAGGUUUUUCAGAGGUGAAGGAACGGACGCUCUCAGACUCUGAGGGAGAUGCUGUUCAGGUGCUCCUGAGCCUCGGAGACAUGGGGGCACUGGAUAUCGUGCAGUGACUGUUGUUGUCCCUGAAUGUUUUUUUAAAAGGGACUUCCAUACCUCUUUCUCAUUAUGGAAACAACUAGUUGAAGGUUCUUUGCACAAGUUUUUAACUUGAAUAACUUUGACCCAAAUAUACCCCCAAUUUUCUCAUUUGAGAAUUUCACGUCCAACUUGACCAGUCUACUGCAUCAGUGUUCAAUAAAAAAACGAUCAACA